CUUUGUAUUGCUACUGCUGCAACGCUCCACUAUUUCAUGUUGGCCUCCUUCACGUGGAUGGGCCUGGAAGCUGUACACAUGUAUCUCGCAUUGGUCAAAGUCUUCAACACAUAUAUCCCCUCUUAUAUCCUCAAGUUCUGUAUUAUAGGAUGGGGUAUUCCUGCAGUAAUAGUGAGCCUGGUGCUGGUCAUAGACAAAGAUGCCUACGGCAGUCUUGCUGAUGAAGAAAUUGAAAUGGUCCUUGAUUCCACUGAAGCAUUCUGUUGGAUACAGAAUGACAUUGUCUUCUUUGUGACAGUGGUGGCAUUUAUUGGUCUGACCUUGUUGUGCAACAUGUCUGUCUUCAUCAUGGUUCUGAUCCAAAUUAAACGGAUUGGGGCAAAUAAGCUUGCCGCAAACAGCCACGGCUCUGUGCUGGACUUGAAGGCGGUUGCCAGUCUCACGGUUCUGUUAGGCCUCACGUGGUCAAUUGGCUUUUUUUCAUUUGGGCCUGCCAGAGUAGUCCUGGUGUACCUGUUCGUUUUCCUCAACAGUUUGCAGGGCUUCUUUGUGUUUUUGUUCCACUGCCUGAUGAAGGAAAAUGUGAGGAAACAGUGGAGAAUCCACCUGUGCUGUGGACGUUUUAGACUCCGUGAAUACUCAGACUGGAGCCGCUCUGUGACAGUCGGUGACCGAUGCAAAAAGAAGAAUCUCGUUAACUCGGAUUCGGUCACUUCUGGCAGCUCUCAGUAG